AUGGUGCGGACAGUUGCGUUCAUUAUUACUCAGUACUGGAUGCAAUGUUUGCCAUUGCCAAAAUUUGUUAUUCAUAACAUCAACAAUGUUUAUAGAUCAUUCAUUUGGACAGGUGGUCAUGAGGUGAAAAGGAAAAGUCUCGUGGCUUGGAGUAAAGUUUGCAGGCCGAUCAGUCAAGGUGGUAUCAACAUACCCAAUCUUGAAGGGUGGAGCAAGGUAGCAAUGCUUAAGUGUCUAUGGAAUAUUUGUAAUAAAUUUGACAACCUUUGGGAUGAUACUUUUGUUCCGUGGAGAUAUCUGAUUCGUAGGAAUCGUGCUAGACCAAAGGAGAUUAUCACUCUCUGUUUGGUGUGCCAUGGGAGAAUAGCAACGAAGGACCGGCUGAUGCGUUAUGGAAUGUUACAAGACAAUAUAUGCAGCUUAUGUAAGGAGCACGAGGAAAGCAUUCAUCAUCUGUUUUUUAAGUGCAGCGAAACGAAGCCAAUUUGGCAAGCAGUUCUUAACUGGCUGGAGAUUACGCAUGUUCCUAAAGGUUGGUUGGAAGAAAAACCAUGGCUGCUCCAGUACACUAAAAGAAAAGGAUGGAAAGCUAAAAUGAUGAAGAUUGCGGUACCAGAAACAAUGCAUGAGAUUUGGUUGUACAUAAAUGGAAUUAUUUUUUAG